AUGUCUGAGUUUGUCGACUUCGUUAACAAGAAUAGCGUAUUGGAGCACAAUCCUCCUACCGGAUUAGAUAUGCACAUAACCGAGAGAGGUUCAGAUUGGUUAUGGGCAGUGUUCGCAGUGUUCGGUGUCUUAUUAAUCCUUUACGUCUGCUUAUUUUUCUAUGCUGAAUUAAAGGGCUCAAGAUUAACAAGAUAUUCUUUGGCUCCAGUAUUUUUAAUUACUUUAUUCGAAUUCUUUGGUUACUACAUUUAUGCUUCUAAUUUGGGUUGGACUGGUAUUCAAGCUGAAUUUAAUAACGUUAGCGUCGAUCCAUCCAUCACCGGUGAAACUCCAGGUGUCAGACAAAUUUUCUACGCUAAAUAUAUUGCCUGGUUCUUAUCAUGGCCAUGUCUAUUAUUUCUUUUGGAAUUAGCAGGUAUGUCCACUGGUGACAACCACAACGAAGUUUCUGCAAUGGAUUUGAUUCAUUCUCUAUUAGUUCAAAUCGUUGGUACUGAAUUUUGGGUUGUGUCUAUCUUAAUCGCUUCUUUAAUUCAUUCUACUUACAAGUGGGGUCCAUGGGUCUUCGGUGCUGUGACUAUGUUAAUCGUUCAAGCUAUCAUCGUUAACCGUCAAUUCUUUGUCUUAAAGACUAAAGGUAUUACCGGCUGUUUGACCAUUAUUGAGUUGGUUGUCGUUUGGUUAUACUUCAUCUGUUGGGGUUUAUCUGAAGGUGGUAACAAGAUCCAAAAUGAUGGUGAAGCUGUCUUCUAUGGUAUUUUAGAUCUAUGUACCUUCGCAAUAUUCCCAGGUUGCUUACUAUUCAUCAUCGGUCACUGCGGUAAAUGGCCAAAAUUCUGUAAAGGUCAUGAAGUCGAAGAGGAAGAAACUUACGAAAAGGAAUCUGCUCCAAACUCUGUAAGAGCUUCUGGCGAGACUGCAGUUCCACACCAAGAAGAAAACGCCGUCGAAGACGUUUAG